CAGCGCCUGGUGCGCCUCAGCACGGCCAACACCUACUCCUACCGCAAAGUGGACGUCCCCUUCCAGGAGUACGUGGAGCAGCUCCUGAAGCCGCAGGACCCGACCACGCUGGGCAGCGACACCCUCUAUUUCUUCGGGGACAACAACUUCACCGAGUGGGGCCCCCUCUUCCAGAAGUACGUGCCCCCGCCGUUCCGCAUCCCCGGCACCAGCAGCGCCUACAGCUUCGGGAUCGCAGGCUCGGGUUCGGGCGUCCCCUUCCACUGGCACGGCCCCGGUUACUCCGAGGUGAUCUUCGGCAGGAAGCGCUGGUUCCUCUACCCGCCGGAUAAAACUCCCCACUUCCACCCCAACGAGACGACGCUGGCCUGGCUCCAGAGCACCUACCCCACGCUGCCGCCGGCCGAGCGGCCGCUGGAGUGCACCAUCCGCCCCGGAGAGGUCCUGUACUUCCCCGACCGCUGGUGGCACGCCACGCUCAACCUGGACACCAGCGUCUUCAUCUCCACCUUCCUGGGGUAGCCCCGGGGGCACCGGACCCCCCCCCC